AUGGAAGAAAAUUAAGUUAAUAAAAGGUACCAGUAAAUAUUCUCAGGAGAUUGGAGUCUUGAACAAUAAGAAAGUGAAGGAUUGAUAACUGAUAGUGAUAACAUUUAAAUAAGUGAGGAAUUUUAAAAAAAUAGUGGAGAAGCAAGCAUUGUGAUAAUCAGUUAUUAGAAUACUUCUUACAUUGAAAUUUCUUUGAUAGAAGGCCAUUACAUAAAUAACAUGAUUAAGAUCUACUUGGCAGACGUCGAUUCGCUAAUAUAAUUUUUUAGUGCAAAUGAUACAAAAGAGUAAAAUGCAACAUUGGUCCUUUAAUAAGCUCUUGGCAUCUUGCAUGUUAUCAAGCUGCCAGGAUUGACCGGUAAAUCAUGUUUUCCAGAAGGGACACAUCUGCAUAUUACUGGAAGUUCAGAAAUUUCUGAGGAAAAGAAGAUUAAAGAGGUAUAAAUUUGGCAUCUAUCAGCACUAAUAACUUUAUUAACAUUGGUCGCAAUAUACAAUGGAUUGCUAGAAUUGAGAUUAGUUGCGAAAAGCUUAGAAGAGAGAGAGAUGGAGGGUUAGAGAGAGAAUUAUGCUAAGAAACUAUCAAUCAUAAGUUAUAGUCUUUUAUGCAUGUGGAAUAUGAGCUAUUCACUAUCAUUUUUUGUUGGAGCAAUGUAUUUUCAGACAUUGUUUUCAUAUUUCGCUAUCCCAGCAUUUUGGCUGUUCUUAUUGGCUUUUGUAUUCCAAAGUAGAAUAAUUGUCAUGCUAAGAGCUUUAAAUAUUUAUGAUCAUGGUUAUACGAGAGAACAAAUGAAAUAACAGCUAUUGAAAUGUAUUUGCAUUCAUAAUGAUAUCAUUCUUUUAAAUGGUGCUCUUGUCAACUUCUCUGACAAUGCUUUUAUCUGGAUUUAUUUGGCUUCCUUAGAUAAUAAAGAAUGCUAGAAAUUGCAAGGAUGCCCAAGUAAUCUUCUAAAGAUAAAGCCAAAUUACGGUUUUGUGAUUAUGUACAUUACCUUGAUAGCAAUUUAAUUGGUUGUACUUGUGCUUUAAAGAAGUAGAGGAGCAAGAUUUAUGAUUCCACGAAAAUAUAGACCUAAUACAUAUGAUUAUAUCAAAAGAUUUAGAGACGUAGAUGAUCUUGAGUCAGCGUCACUCUCCGAAUCUAGUUAUCUGAAUGAUGAGUGUGUAGUAUGUAUGCAUAAUCUAAGAUUUGAAGUUGAUGAAUCGAUGCAAUUAAUUGAUGGGCAAAGUGUAAGAGCAAGCACUUACAUGCAAACACCCUGCAAUCAUAAAUUUCAUGCUAAGUGCCUUCAAAGCUGGAUGAAGAUAAAACUUGAAUGCCCUGUUUGCAGAAAAGUUUUACCCCCAAAUGUAGAUGAUUGA